AUGGUCAGCACCGCCUUGCUUCCGAGGAAGCCGGCCACCGUGACUAGCCUACGUUCACUUCCAAACUUUGGACAGCAAGCCCUUUUUGGACUCAAAUCUGGUGGCAAUGGGAAAGUAACCUGCAUGGCUGUAUACAAAGUGAAAAUCAUCACCCCAACUGGUGAACAAGAAUUCGAAUGCCCUGAUGACACUUACAUUCUCGAUCACGCUGAAAAUGAAGGCCACGAUCUGCCCUAUUCUUGCAGGGCAGGUUCUUGCUCUUCCUGUGCAGGUAAACUUGUUUCAGGAACCGUUGAUCAAUCUGAUCAAAGUUUUCUUGAUGAUGAUCAAAUUGAACAAGGGUGGGUCCUAACAUGUGCUGCAUAUCCAACGUCUGAUAUUGUCAUUGAAACCCACAAGGAAGAGGAACUCACUGCUUGA